GAAAAGAGGCUCUCUCUUUACUAGAAUAUAUUUUAUAUUCGACUCAUAAACGCGUGAGAAUAUCGUUGAAUAUAUAUUCGUCAAAUUAUUCGUUUAACACGAUAACGAAAGAUGCCCGGAACUCCGAUGGAGCAGGACAAUAACGUGUUAAGGAAAUUGCAAAAUGAACGAUCGCCGGACGAACCGAAGAACGAAUCUGUUGUGCGUGAAAUAACGCAGACUGAUAGACUGAACAAGAAGCUGCUCGUAUCGGUUUUGGAGCGUAUGAAAAAAUCAGACGGGCAGUUCGAUAAGUUUAUGGAGGACGAGAGAGGAAAUUGCGAAUCGCACGACGAUAGUGACUUUUAAGACGACCGGUACACAAG